CAAACAUAAUAAUAGCAACAUGAAAGUAACUCAUUCACAAAAUAAUAACAAUAGUCUACUUUCCUCACUUGAUAAUAUCAUUAGCUCAUCACAGUCUUGCUCAUCAUCAGAACGCAUAGGGUCUAAACGUAGCUACAAGAGCAUUCAACCAUCGCCAUCACUAGACUAUGCAAACAAACGAGCACAAAAAGAAAACUAUCGACACAUAUUUCAUGAAAACAGCACAAAGACACCAAGUUCCAUGAAAAAACUUGUUUCACAGACGUUUACUACAGACGAGCAUCAUGAGCGAGUAGAGUCUACAAAGUCAAGGCCAACCAUGGGUGGUAAAACGAUCGGUUCGAUUGCAAAGACAACAGACGAUGAGCCACCAUUGUCUUCUCAGGAAUUAAAAUUGCUAAGCCGCCGUAUCAAUCCUCUUGAGCCACUGCCCUCACCUCACGCUUCACCUCGAAAGCCUCCACUGCCGAAUAUCAAAAGGCAGCACGCUCGUACACGUCAGUAUAGCUGUGAGCCGUGUAACAAACACUACAAGACUCGUAAUGGCCUUGUCUAUCACUUGGAACGAUGCAAACACCGCAAGUUGGAAGUCAAGGUGAUCAUUCAGUGUGUUUGCUCACAUAAUGUCACAGAAGGUACCAUGAUCGAAUGCACACAGUGUCAUACCUGGCUUCAUAUCAAAUGCGUACAACCAACAGAAGAAACAACCUUUGUUUGUCCUCGAUGUCUGCCAGCCGAAGAUAAUAAGACAGAAGAGGAUGACUCGUUUGAUUUCUCCAACCUGUUUUCAGAAGACUCAUUUAAUGCCUUCAUGGACGAACAAACUGCAGGUCUGUGGGGAUCAGACUUUAAUUCGACAGAUUGGUAUAAUUCAACAACGGAUAUUCCUUCUUUAUUACUAUCUGAUAACGGUCUCAUGGAUGGUUAUCCCACUUCUGAGCUAUUAUCGUCAUCCAAUGUGCCUUCAUCUCCACUGGAAUCAGACUGGCUUAAUUUCACUAAUCUUGACGAUGAUGCAACAAAUCAAGAAGCUUGAGAAUCUUUGUGUUUAAUAAAAAUAAAACA